CAAUCAGGGCCUUCUCCCUGGAGGCCAUCUCUGCCCCCCGAGGCUGAGCCGAAGCCAGAGGUCCAGGGACGUCAACGUAGCUCUUGCCUUGGGCUCAGCAGCAGCAGAGCUACCGCGAGCCCAGUCAGCCUCCUCCUCAUGGCCAGCUUGAGCCUCUCGCAGCUCCAGAAGUUCCAGGAGGAUGGAUUCCUGGUGUUGGAAGGAUUCUUUUCUGCAGACGAAUGUGUGGCCAUGCAACAGAGGAUUGGUGAGAUAGUGGCCAAGAUGGACGUCCCUGUCCACUGCCGCGUGGAAUUUUCCACCCAGGAAGAGGAGCAGCUGCGAGCCCAGGGCAGCACAGACUAUUUUCUGAGCAGCGGCGACAAGAUUCGAUUCUUCUUUGAGAAAGAUGUUUUUGACAAGAAAGGAAGUUUCCUGGUCCCUCCAGAGAAAUCCAUCAACAAAAUUGGCCACGCUCUGCACGCCCAUGACCCUGUCUUCAAGUGUGUCACACACUCUCCCAAGAUACAGGCCUUGGUCAGAAGUCUGGGCCUCCAGAUGCCCGUGGUGGUGCAGAGCAUGUACAUCUUUAAGCAACCUCACUUUGGCGGUGAAGUCUUCCCUCACCAGGAUGCCUCCUUCCUCUACACGGAGCCCCUGGGCCGCGUGCUGGGCCUGUGGAUUGCAGUGGAGGACGCCACGCUGGAGAACGGCUGCCUCUCGUUCAUUCCCGGCUCCCACACCAGUGGAGUAUCGAGAAGGAUGGUCCGGAACCCUGCUGGCUCAGCACCUGGCACCUGCUUCCUGGGGUCAGAGCCGGCCCGGGAUAACAGCCUCUUUGUGCCCACACCAGUGAAGAGAGGGGCCCUUAUCCUAAUCCACGGAGAAGUGGUGCACAAGAGUGAGCAAAACCUCUCCAGCUGUUCACGCCAGGCCUACACUUUCCACCUCAUGGAGGCCUCUGGCACCACCUGGAGCCCGGAGAACUGGCUCCAGCCAACGGCCGAGCUGUCCUUUCCCCCACUGUACACCUAAAGGCCCUUGCAGGGCUGGGCACUGUCCCUUCCCAGGUGAAGCCGUGGGUUGCAAAUACCAGUGCCUCGCCCAACCGCCCAGCUGCAACGGGGAAGUCACAUCUCUCCUUCUGGGCUUUCCUUCUGCCAGUCUGUGCCUCUCAGCCCUGCAGAUGGGCAGGCAAGGGGUGGCAGUCAGGCAGCAGAAGCCCAACUGGAUGCCUUUCCCAAGAUCUGUCUCCCCUCUGCCCCCCAACACAGCCUCCCCCUAGAGGCAGCCUCUUAGCAACAAAAGGGUUCUGGCCACUUCUCCGCCAGCUUCUUACUCUUCUCUCCUCUCCUCUUGCUCUGUGAUGCUGCAAGACAUUGAAUAAAGACGACUACCGAGUGUAGCUUCUCAA